AUGAGCGUUGCGCCCACGCGCCGGUUCCACGAAGAGGGCGUCGGUGCGCGCACUGGGCUUCGCAUAGGCGAUGUUCCCCGUGAUGCCGAUGGAAACUAUAAUGUCGACGCCUUCCUCGAGGCGGCGAAGCGGGGCCUGAUGAUCGAAUCCGACGAGGACGAGAGCCUCGCCUCCACGAGCGCGUCCCGCGAUCCCACGCCCGAGCCUGCGCCGACCGACUGGGACCAGCGCGUGUCGCACAUAUCUGAGCUGGCCGUGAGCUCGCUUGGCAACGUCGACGAGACGUCACGCGUGUCAGCGCUGCGCCGCGACGACUCCAUGUGGGAGUCGAGCGUCGAAGUGUCGGCGGACCGCACCUUUAAUCUCACGGAGCUCGCGGGCGAUGUGCAGCCCUCGCCGCCGAGUAUGCGGCGGAUCGAGCGGCGCGAGCGUGAGCGCCGCAGUACCAUGCUUCCCAUGCCGUCGAUGGACGACGUCUCGUGGCUCCGGCACUCGACGCGGAGCCCACUCGACGAUUCGCUGCGCGACACGACGCUGCGCGAAUCCACACGCAGCAAUAUCUUUGCCGAGGACUCGGGGCGCGGUCCGGGACGCUCGUUCCUCGGACACGACUCGGUCGACGCGAGCCUUGCGCCGGCGUCCAGUCCGCUGGGCCGGCCGCCGAGCCUCGACGGCCGCGCCCCGAGCGUGGACCGCAGCCGCUCGGCGACGCCGCUUGCGCCACUCAUGGAAGCCGAUAUGGGCUAUCCCGAUACCUAUUCGGACGCAGGCGAGUCAGAGGGCGGAUACUCGGAGCUCAUGCCGGAGCCGCCCAAGAAGCGCGGCCGUGGGCGGCCGCGCAAGUCGGAGGCGCUGCAUGCCGCGGUCGCCGCGGGCUAUCCCCUGCCCCGCGGCAAGCCCGGGCGGCCGCCGGGGCGCCAGAUGCCGCCGCAAAAGAUUGUCGAGCAGAUCCACGACCCCCCGAGCUGGCAGAUUGAAAACCCAGAAGGGCUGCGGCGUGGCAAGCGGCACCGUAUCGCGCCCCUCGACUGGUGGCGUGGCGAGCGUGCCUUGUACGGCCGCGCGGAAGCGAACAACGAGUCGGUGCCCAAGGUGCCGUUUGGACUCGUCGCGCCGGUCCUCAAAGAGGUCAUCCGGGUGCCGCGUGCGCCGGGCGAAGGCACUUUUUCCGGCAUGCGGCGCUUCAAGCCGAAGCCGACCAUGUACAUUCCCCAGCAGGGAUCGCAGCGCAUGUACUCCGCGACGCCCGAGAUCCCGGUGGACCGGGACACGGACCCGUACGGCGUGGUGUACGACGCAGAGAUGGAGCAGGAUGUGGACAUGCGCAUUACGUGCACCGCCGAGUCGCUGCGGCCGCAGCCGGCGUUUAACCGCCAGUUUUUGUACGAAAAGGUGUUUACGAUUGGCGACUACAUGGCUGCCGGCAAGCUCGUGAUCGAGCAAGGGGGGGAGAAGCAGCCCAAGUCGAGCAAAGACAAUAACUAUAUCUUUAUCGUGUCCGAAGGCGCCGUCGAGGCGACCGUGCACCGCACCAAGUUUGUCAUUGCCGAGGGCGGCAUGUUUUGCGUCCCAAAAGAAAAUACCUAUGUCAUCAAAAACAUCUCGGACCAGGACGCGCACCUGUACUUUGCCCAGGCGCGGUUUGUCCCGCCGACGCUCGAGCCGGUGACCGAUGGGCAGCCCGGUCUUUCUCAGGGCAGCGCGCUGCGUGCAAUGCAGGCGAUGCAAGAGACAGAGGCCUCGCGCGAGAUCGAAGCGCCGCGCGAGACACGCCCCGAGCCGCGCGAGCCUUCGCCCGAGGCCGAGGCGGAAGAGCCGAGCGACGAAGAGGCCGACGAGGGGUCCGCCUCGGACGACGAGUACGACUUUGCGAACGAUUCGCGCCUGUCACGGAGAUAA